AUGGAAUGUUUACCAUCACGGACUAGACUUUGUCAACAUCAGGUACAGUGCCCACCAAAUUGUCAGCUCUGCGGAAAUAAUAUUGAAGAUGAUUGGCAUGUGUUUUUUGGUUGUGAUAUGACUAUUCAGUGUUGGAGGACAGCAGGUUUGUCGGAUCUUCUAGAGCCCCGUUUACAUAAGUUUAGUGAUGUAAAAUCUCUAAUAUUUAAUAUAUGUAGCUCAGAAGAUAGGAUGGUUGCUGGUAGAUUUGCAGUUAUGAUGGAUGUGCUUUGGAAAAAUAGAAACGAUUUUAUUUGGCAUAAUGAGAAGGAGGAAGCACCUAAAUUGGGUAUGAUAACUUUUCGUAACUGGCAUGAUUGGCUUACAGCACAAAGAACUCAAGGGAGAGAGAAUAACGUUCAGAAUAUCACAAACUGGAACCCACCAGCGGAAGGAUGGUUAAAGUGCAAUGUGGAUGCGGGGUUUAACAGUCACGUUGGGACUACUAAUAGGGGAUGGUGUAUUCGUGAUAAAAGAGGUAAUUUCAUUAUUGCAGGUGUAGCUUGGGAUAUUGGUACCCUCUCCAUCCUUGAAGCAGAAGCUUAUGCCCUAAAAGAAGCUAUUGAAGGAGCUAUAACCUUGCACCUUGACAAUAUUAUCUUCGAAAGUGACUCUCAACAGGUUGUUCAAGCUAUCCACUCCGACCACGAGGGUGGCUCGGAAUUUAGUUUAAUUAUUAUGUCUAUUAAAAAUUAA